AACCUUUGCUCCCCUUGGGCUUUCUGAAGCAAGUGCCAAGUUGCGUGGUCCUUCAUCUGCCGCUCUCAUGUCUUCAGUGGAAGGCUUUCCUUCAGAAUAAAUGAAUGGAAGAGGAUUUUAUUCUUUAGUGGAGCAAGAGGGACGGACUGACCUACUAAACAGAGCUGGACUGUCGAGAUCAGAGAGUACAGUCUCUGAAUAGUGGGUUUGGUCAAACAGCGAUGGCCAUGGUGCAGACCAAGUCUUCAAGAGUCCUUCAUGUUCAGCUGCAGUGAACAGUUGUUUUCAGCUUAAAGGUCUGAUGAAUACUCUCUCUGAUCUCUGCCCCGCACCAAGCAGCACACAGACACAGUUCAACAGCUGUUUCUUACGCGAUUUUUUAUAUUUCUGACAUCAUGACUUCAGAUUCAGAUUUCAUUAUUUGUCACUUCCAUAAUAUACAUUGCAGCAUACAGUACAUGGCAUAACCUCUAACCAUUAGUCUUACUCUAACACAUUUGGACACAUCAUCAAUGCAACAUAAAAAACCUUCAUGACCUUGAAAACAGCAGUAUAAUCUUUACUCAGGGUCCAUUUACAAGGUUUUUUUUAAAAAGCUUUAAAAACAACAUUUUAUGAUCUUCCUCUUCCAGACCAAAAUUGCUGAAUUGACACGAGAUAGGUAAUUAUUAGGUUCCAAAUUGAAGGCCUUGGGUUGUAUUUUAAAGCUCUGACAAAAAAUAUUCUGGCAGAUCACGGCAGUCCUCUCCUGCAGGAUCCCGAUGUCUUACCCUUCACCAGCUAUCCCAGCAUGCAGUACCCGUCCAUGGAGCCAAACUUGCCUUCCACACCAUACUACUCCAGUCAGAACUAUUACCCCCAGUACAAUGGAGACCAGUGGUACUCCAACUCAGGGAUAUAUGAACUGAGGAAAGGACCCCUGGAGGUCAGCUACGACGCUGAGAUGGAGGAGACGUCUGCUGUAGUGCCUACCGUGUGCAGGAGGACCCGGCACAUGUUGCAAGCUGGAAGGGUCAAAGGGGAAGAACUGUGUGUUGUGUGCGGAGACAAGGCCUCUGGAUACCACUAUAAUGCUCUUACCUGUGAGGGAUGUAAAGGUUUCUUCAGACGGAGCAUAACAAAGAAAGCUGUGUACAAAUGUAAGAGCGGUGGAAACUGUGAGAUGGACAUGUACAUGCGCAGGAAAUGCCAGGAGUGUCGGCUGAGGAAGUGCAAAGAGAUGGGCAUGCUGGCUGAAUGCCUCCUGACAGAGAUCCAGUGUAAAUCUAAAAGGCUACGGAAGAACACCAAGGCCUCCCCGGGACAGUCGAAUGGGGACGAGACGGAGGCGGCGGACAACACAGAAAACAAGCAGGUCACCUCAACCACCAAACUGUCAAAGGAAAAAGUUGAAAUCACCAAAGAGCAGCAGGCGCUCAUGAAGGUCAUUGCGGAUGCUUAUAACAGACAUCAGAUUCCUCAAGACGUGGCCAAAAAACUGCUGCAAGAUCAGUACAGUGCAGAGGAAAACUUCCUCCUGUUGACAGAAAUGGCAACGAGUCAAGUUCAAGUUCUGGUGGAGUUUACUAAAAAUAUUCCAGGCUUCCUGUCUCUGAAUCACGAAGAUCAGAUCGCUCUGCUGAAGGGCUCGGCUGUGGAAGCCAUGUUCCUGCGCUCGGCCCAGGUUUUCAGCAAAAAGAUGCCAAACGGACACAAUGAAGUUUUAGAGGACAGGAUACGCAGGAGCGGUAUAUCAGAGGAAUUCAUGACACCCAUGUUCAACUUUUACAAAAGCAUCGGUGUACUCCACAUGGUGCAGGAGGAACAAGCUCUGCUCACAGCCAUAACCAUCUUGACACCAGAUCGGCCUUAUGUGAAGGACCAGCAGGCUGUGGAGAGACUGCAGGAGCCCAUGCUGGACCUGCUGAGGAAGCUGUGUGUCCUACAGCAUCCGCAGAAGCCGCAGUACUUUGCCUGUCUCCUGGGCCGUCUGACGGAGCUGAGAACCCUCAACUAUUACCACGCAGAGAUGCUCACAUCCUGGAGAAUGAACGACCAUAAAUUCACCCCGCUGCUCUGUGAGAUAUGGGACGUGGAGUAACACGUCAGGAGACUGGGAGAAAGCGUCCCCUUGGGGAUGAUGACAUUUAUAGACUUGCAAAACAAAAGUCAUGGUCCAACUACAUGAUCUGGAAUUAAAUAACUGCACAAGUUGUUUGCCUCUAUGUUGCCUGACCUCGGUGGCAUUAGUCAUGUACUGACUCGGUGAGUUUAUAUUGAUGUUCUGUAAAUGGAUUUAUAUCCCACCAUCAUAAUGUUUAUUUACUCACACUUGUAGAGGAAUUUUGGAACCGUGGCUGUGUUUACAGCACAAAGAGGAAACCGUUUGUUUGGAUGAAUCGGACUUCUCAUUGCUGUGAACAUCAUGUCAAGCCUCAAGGCCCAGCCUGAUUAGUCAGGCAAGUACAAACACUGGAACUUACUCAAAGCAAAGGUGGUGCUCAUGCAAAGUGUAAGGUUUAGAUUCAGUAGAGCAAUGACUUCAUUUAUUUUCUAUUUGUAAAACCUGACCCCUAACCCUAACCCAGGAACAGUUGUGUAACCGUUGUUUUAAGCAGUCAGACUUGUUCAUAUGAUGCUAAUAAUAAUACUGACACUUAAAGAUGAAAUGACGUUGUAAAUGACAAUAACUUAUGGUAUUGUUUGAACUUUGAA